GGGUCGCCAGCGCCUCCCCUCCCCGGCGGAUACCGCUCCGGGCCGGAGUCGCGUAGACAGUCUCCCGGGACGUAGCCACGGGGUACCGGACCUCACCAGGAUUAUAAAACUGUACGGCAGACCAACCCCCCGAAGAAAAGGCUGGUUGCCAUGUGGGGACUACUGAUCUGGACUCUGCUGGCUCUGCACCAGAUCCGCGCGGCCGGAGCCCAAGAUGACGUGGCCCCCUACUUCAAGACGGAGCCGGCGCGGACGCAGGUGCACCUGGAGGGGAAUCGCCUGGUACUCACGUGCAUGGCCGAGGGCAGCUGGCCACUGGAGUUCAAGUGGCUCCACAACGACAGGGAGCUGACCAAGUUCUCUCUGGAGUACAGGUACAUGAUCACCAGCCUGGACCGCACGCACGCCGGCUUCUACCGCUGCAUCGUGCGUAACCGGAUGGGCGCUCUGCUGCAGCGGCAAACCGAGGUCCAGGUGGCCUACAUGGGGAGCUUUGAGGAGAGCGAGAAGCACCAGAGCGUCGCCCACGGAGAAGCGGCCGUCAUCCGCGCCCCACGCAUCGCCAGCUUCCCACGGCCGCAGGUGACCUGGUUCCGGGACGGCCGCAAGAUCCCACCCAGCAGCCGCAUAGCCAUCACCCUGGAGAACACCCUUGUCAUCCUGUCAACAGUGGCCCCCGACGCAGGCCGCUACUACGCGCAAGCUGUUAAUGACAAGAAUGGGGAUAACAAGACCAGCCAGCCCAUCACUCUCGCCGUGGAGAAUGUAGGGGGCCCCGCAGACCCCAUCGCUCCAACCAUCAUCAUUCCUCCCAAGAACACCAGCGUGGUGGCCGGGACCUCGGAGGUGACCAUGGAGUGCGUGGCCAAUGCCAGGCCCCUGAUCAAGCUGCACAUCAUUUGGAAGAAGGAUGGGGUGCUGCUGUCCAGCGGCAUCAGCGACUACAACCGCCGGCUCACCAUCCCCAACCCCACGGGCAACGACGCCGGUUACUACGAGUGUGAGGCCAUCCUUCGCAGCAGCGGUGCCCCCUCUGUUGUCCGUGGCGCCUACCUGUCUGUGCUGGAACCGCCUCAGUUUGUCAAGGAGCCAGAGAGACACAUCACAGCAGAGAUGGAGAAAGUGGUGGACGUCCCCUGUCGGGCCAAAGGUGUGCCGCCACCCUCCAUCACCUGGUACAAGGACUCGGCCGUGGUGGAGGUGGGGAGGCUGAGCCGCUUCCGGCAGCGGGGCGACGGGGGCCUGCAGAUCAGCGGGCUAGUGCCCGACGACACCGGCAUGUUCCAGUGCUUCGCCCGCAACGCGGCCGGCGAGGUGCAGACCUCCACGUACCUGGCCGUCACCAGCAUCGCCCCCAACAUCACCAGGGGCCCCCUGGACAGCACGGUGAUUGACGGCAUGUCAGUGGUGCUGGCUUGUGAGACUUCGGGGGCGCCCCGGCCGGCCAUCACUUGGCAGAAAGGGGAGCGCAUCCUGGCCAGCGGCUCUGUCCAGCUGCCUCGCUUCACGCUCCUGGAGUCCGGCAGCCUGCUCGUCAGCCCCACGCACACCUCCGACGCCGGCACCUACACCUGUUUGGCCACCAACUCUCGGGGGGUCGACGAAGCUUCGGCCGACCUGGUCGUGUGGGCCCGGACCCGCAUCACCAAGCCCCCCCAGGACCAGAGCGUCAUCAAGGGAACCCAGGCCUCCAUGAUGUGCGGAGUGACCCACGACCCCCGGGUGACUGUGAGGUACGUCUGGGAGAAGGAUGGGGCCACGCUGAGCAUGGAGGGCAACCCCCGCAUCCGUCUGGACAGAAACGGCUCCCUGCACAUCUCGCAGACGUGGUCCGGGGACAUCGGCACCUACACCUGCCGGGUGCUCUCAGCCGGAGGCAACGACUCUCGCAGCGCCCACCUGCGCGUGAGGCAGCUGCCUCAUGCCCCUGAGCACCCAGUGGCGACUCUCAGCGCCGCGGAGAGAAGGGCCAUCAACCUGACGUGGGCCAAGCCCUUUGACGGCAACAGCCCACUGAUCCACUACAUCCUGGAGAUGUCGGAGAACAAUGCCCCCUGGACAGUGCUCCUGGCCAGUGUGGACCCCGAGGCCACCUCGGUGAUGGUCAAGGGCUUGGUUCCCGCACGUUCCUACCAGUUCCGUCUUUGUGCCGUCAACGACGUGGGGAAAGGACAGUUCAGCAAGGACACAGAGAGGGUCUCCCUUCCUGAGGAGCCCCCCACGGCCCCUCCACAGAAUGUCAUCGCCAGCGGCCGGACCAACCAAUCCAUCAUGAUCCAGUGGCAGCCACCUCCCGAGAGCCACCAGAAUGGCAUCCUUAAGGGCUACAUCAUCAGGUACUGCCUGGCCGGGCUGCCUGUCGGGUACCAGUUUAAGAACAUCACAGAUGCUGAUGUCAACAACCUGCUGCUGGAGGACCUCAUCAUCUGGACCAACUACGAGAUCGAGGUGGCCGCCUACAACAGCGCCGGACUGGGUGUCUACAGUAGCAAAGUCACCGAGUGGACACUGCAGGGAGUCCCCACGGUCCCUCCGGGCAACGUGCACGCAGAAGCCACCAACUCCACGACCAUCCGCUUCACCUGGAAUGCCCCCAGCCCCCAGUUCAUCAACGGCAUCAACCAGGGCUACAAGCUGAUGGCCUGGGAGCCCGAGCAGGAGGAGGAGGUUACCAUGGUGACCGCCCGGCCCAACUUUCAAGACAGCAUCCACGAGGGCUUUGUGUCGGGCCUGAAGAAGUUCACUGAGUACUUCACCUCAGUGCUGUGCUUCACCACCCCCGGCGACGGGCCUCGCAGCACCCCGCAGCUGGCGCGCACCCAUGAGGACGUGCCCGGGCCCGUGGGACACCUGAGCUUCAGUGAAAUCCUGGACACCUCGCUGAAGGUCAGCUGGCAAGAGCCCGGGGAGAAGAACGGCAUCCUCACAGGAUAUCGGAUCUCCUGGGAGGAGUAUAACCGGACCAACACCCGCGUGACCCACUACCUGCCCAACGUCACCCUGGAGUACCGCGUCACGGGCCUCACGGCGCUCACCACCUACACCAUCGAGGUGGCCGCCAUGACCGCCAAGGGCCAGGGCCAGGUGUCCGCCUCAACCAUCUCCUCCGGGGUGCCUCCAGAACUCCCAGGAGCCCCCACCAACCUGGGCAUUUCCAACAUCGGCCCCCGCUCCGUGACCUUGCAGUUCAGGCCAGGUUACGAUGGGAAGACCUCCAUCUCCCGCUGGCUGGUGGAGGCCCAGGUGGGCGUGGUCGGGGAGGGAGAGGAGUGGUUGCUGAUUCACCAGCUCCCCAACGAGCCCGACGCCCGCUCCAUGGAGGUGCCCGACCUGAACCCCUUCACCUACUACAGCUUCCGCAUGCGCCAGGUGAACAUCGUGGGCACUAGCCCACCCAGCCAGCCUUCCAGAAAGAUCCAGACCCUCCAGGCGCCCCCUGACAUGGCCCCGGCCAACGUGACGCUGCGCACGGCGAGUGAGACCAGCCUGUGGCUCCGCUGGAUGCCUCUCCCAGAGAUGGAAUACAAUGGGAACCCCGAGUCGGUGGGCUACAAGAUCAAGUACAGCCGGGCGGACGGCCACGGCAAGACGCUGAGCCACGUGGUGCAAGACCGCGUGGAGCGGGAAUACACCAUCGAAGACCUGGAGGAGUGGACGGAGUACCGCGUGCAGGUGCAGGCCUUCAACGCCAUCGGGAGCGGGCCCUGGAGCCAGAUGGUGAUGGGCAGGACCCGGGAGUCAGUGCCGUCCUCGGGCCCCACCAACGUGUCUGUGCUGGCCACCACCUCCAGCAGCAUGCUGGUACGCUGGAACGAAGUCCCAGAGGCCGACCGCAACGGGCUGGUGCUGGGCUACAAGGUGCUGUAUAAGGAGAAGGACUCGGACUCCCAGCCCCGGUUCUGGCUGGUGGAAGGGAACUCGUCACGCAGCGCCCAGCUCACAGGCCUGGGCAAAUACGUGCUCUAUGAGGUGCAGGUGCUGGCCUUCACGCGCAUUGGGGACGGCAGCCCCAGCCAUCCUGCCAUCCUGGAGCGGACCCUGGAUGACGUCCCGGGACCGCCCACGGGCAUCCUGUUCCCAGAGGUGAGGACCACAUCGGUGCGGCUGAUCUGGCAGCCCCCCGCUGCCCCCAACGGCAUCAUUCUUGCCUACCAGAUCACACACCGGCUCAACGCCACCACGGCCAACGCUGCCACGGUGGAGGUGCUCGCGCCCAGCGCACGCCAGUUCACGGCCACCGGCCUCAAGCCAGAGUCCGUCUACCUGUUCCGCAUCACGGCCCAGACCCGCAAGGGCUGGGGAGAGGCCGCCGAGGCCUUGGUGGUGACCACGGAGAAGAGAGACCGCCCGCAGCCCCCCAGCAAGCCCGUGGUGCAGCAGGAGGACGUGAAGGCCCGCAGCGUGCUGCUAUCCUGGGAGCCCGGGAGCGACGGGCUAUCCCCCGUGCGCUACUACACCAUCCAGACCCGCGAGCUGCCCAGCGGCAGGUGGGCCCUGCACUCAGCCUCUGUGAGCCACAACGCCUCCGCCUUCGUUGUGGACAGGCUCAAGCCCUUCACGUCCUACAAGUUCCGAGUGAAGGCGACCAAUGACGUCGGAGACAGCGAGUUCAGCAAGGAGUCGGAACCGCUGACCACCCUGCAGGCCGCCCCUGAUGAAGCGCCCACAAUUAUCUCGGUGACACCGCACACCACCACCUCCGUGCUAAUCCGAUGGCAGCCACCAUCAGAAGACAAGAUCAACGGCAUCCUCCUGGGCUUCCGGAUCCGGUACCGGGAGCUGCUCUACGAGGGUCUGAGGGGCUUCACGUUGCGUGGCAUCAACAACCCGGGGGCCAAGUGGGCAGAGCUCACCUACCUGAACAAGCACCGGCGCUACGAAAUACGCAUGAGUGUGUACAACACUGUGGGCGAGGGGCCCUCCAGCCCCCCACAGGAGGUCUUCGUCGGGGAGGCAGUGCCCACGGCGGUGCCCCGCAACGUGGCUGUCCACGGCGCCACGGCCACGCAGCUGGAUGUGACAUGGGACCCACCCCCGCUGGAAAGCCAGAACGGAGACAUCCAGGGCUACAAGAUUUAUUUCUGGGAGGCCCAGCGGCGGAACCUCACGGAGCGGGUGAAGACGCUUUUCCUGGCCGAGAAUAGCGUCAAGCUCAAGAACCUGACCGGCUACACUGCCUACAUGGUCAGCGUGGCAGCCUUCAACGCCGCGGGGGACGGGCCUCGGAGCACCCCGGCCCGGGGCCAGACCCAGCAAGCAGCCCCCAGCGCUCCCAGCUUGGUCAAGUUCAGUGAGCUGACCACCACCUCAGUGAACGUGUCCUGGGAGGCUCCGCAGUUCCCCAACGGUAUCCUGGAGGGCUACCGGCUGGUGUACGAGCCCUGCACCCCCGUGGACGGAGUCAGUAAGAUCGUGACAGUGGACGUGAAGGGCAGCAGCCCUCUGUGGCUGAAGGUGAAGGACCUGGCGGAGGGGAUGACCUACAGGUUCCGUAUCAGAGCCAAGACCUUCACCUACGGGCCCGAGAUCGAAGCCAACGUCACCACGGGCCCCGGAGAAGGUGCCCCCGGACCGCCCGGAGUGCCCAUCAUCGUGCGGUACAGCUCGGCCAUUGCCAUCCACUGGUCCAGCGGAGACCCCGGCAAAGGCCCCAUCACCCGCUACGUCAUAGAGGCCAGACCUUCAGACGAGGGGCUCUGGGACAUCCUCAUCAAAGACAUCCCCAAGGAGGUGACGUCCUACACGUUCAGCAUGGACAUCCUCAAGCCAGGCGUGAGCUAUGACUUCCGGGUCAUCGCUGUCAACGACUACGGCUUUGGCACCCCCAGCAGCCCCUCCCAGUCUGUGCCAGCCCAGAAAGCCAACCCCUUCUACGAGGAGUGGUGGUUCCUGGUGGUCAUCGCGCUUGUCGGCCUCAUCUUCAUCCUGUUGCUGGUCUUUGUGCUCGUCAUCCGAGGCCAGAGCAAGAAGUACGCCAAGAAGACAGACUCGGGAAACAGUGCCAAGUCUGGUGCCCUGGGCCAUGGGGAGAUGAUGAGCUUGGAUGAAAGCAGUUUUCCUGCCCUAGAACUCAACAACCGGCGGCUCUCAGUCAAGAACUCCUUCUGCCGAAAGAACGGCCUGUAUACCAGGUCUCCCCCCCGGCCCAGCCCGGGCAGCCUCCAGUACUCCGACGAGGACGUCACCAAGUACAACGACGUCAUCCCGGCCGAGAGCAGCAGCCUGACGGAGAAACCCUCGGAAAUCUCGGACUCGCAGGGAAGCGACAGCGAGUACGAGGUCGACCCGAGCCCCCAGAAGGCCCACUCUUUUGUCAACCACUACAUCAGUGACCCCACCUAUUACAACUCCUGGAGGCGGCAGCAGAAGGGGAUCUCGCGGGCCCAGGCCUACAGCUACACGGAGAGCGACCCGGGGGAGCCAGACCACACUGCCCUGUCCAACGGCAGCAGCGCCCAGCAGGGCAGCCUCUUUCGGCCCAAGGCCAGUCGGACCCCAACGCCCCAAAACCCCCCGAACCCCCCGAGUCAGCAGAGCACCCUCUACCGUCCCCCCAGCAGCCUCGCCCCUGGCUCCCGGGCUCCUAUAGCAGGAUUUUCAUCAUUUGUUUGAUGUCAUCCUCGUUGUCGGAAGAGGAAAGAGAAAGAAAACACAGCACCAAACUCCCCUUCCGCCCCUCCUCGCACCGCCUGCCAGAAAACAGAAACACCAAGAAACCAAGUCAACUUUUCACCUCCUGAGUUUAUUUUUCCAGAGAUUCCAGGGCCAGCAAAGCCGGUGUUGAGAAGGAUGGAGAAAAACCACGAGAGGACGUGUGUGGCUUCGAGAUUGUGGGGUUUGCUGCUCCUUCGGGGGUGCUGAGCAGAGUAGGGGGGCUGGC